GGGCACAAACAUGGCCGACGAGGCAGGGGAAGUAAACACAGCUGUCGAGGGUCUCGAAGAAAAACAGCAGCAAGAUGAGCCCGAAGUUUUGGGACCCGCCACUGACGGAGAGCCCGAAGGCAGCGACAGACAGGACUCGACGGAGACGGAGGCUCCGGCGGCGGCGGCGGCAGCAGAGAGCAGCUGGUCGGCUCCCAUCCUGUCUCUGGCUCGGAAGGCCACGGAGACGAUUAGCAGCGGGAUGAGCUACGCUGCUGCCCCCAGAAAGACCUCCACUGCGAGUACCCCGACCGAAAAGGAGCCCGAAAAUGAUCUCAACAGUACUUCAAAGAAGCUUCCAGUUCUGCCUCCCAAAGACCCCAUGGCAAUAGAGAGAUCCAACCUCCUGAGCAUGAUGAAGCUGAGCAUCAAAGUACUGAUCCAGUCCUCCUUGAGUCUGGGCAGGACCAUGGAUUCUGAGUACCCCCCUCUGCAGCAAUUUUUUGUUGUCCUGGAGCAAUGCCUCAAACAUGGGCUUAAAGCCAAGAAAUCCUUCAUUGGUCAGAACAAGUCCAUAUGGGGACCUCUGGAGCUGGUUGAGAAGUUGUGUCCAGAGUCUGUCAACAUUGCCACAAGUGCCAGAGACCUGCCCGGCAUUAAGACCGGUUUGGGGAGAGCAAGGGCUUGGCUGCAUUUGGCGCUUAUGCAGAAAAAAGUAGCCGACUAUCUGAAAACCCUGCUGGACCAGAAGGAUCUCCUGAGUGAGUUUUAUGACUCUGGAGCACUGAUGAUGGAGGAGGAGGGCGCGGUCAUGGGGGGUCUGCUGGUGGGCCUCAAUGUAAUUGAUGCUAACCUUUGCAUUAAAGGGGAGGAUCUUGAUUCUCAGGUUGGAGUCAUUGACUUCUCUCUGUACCUGAAGGAUCCUGCCAACAGUGAGACUCAAAAAGAUGAUUCCAAGAUGACAGCCAUAUUGGAUCAGAAACACUACAUCGAGGAGUUAAAUCGUCACCUAAGCGGCACCGUCACUGACCUCCAGGCUAAGAUGGACUCUCUAGAGAAGACCAACAGCAAACUCGUAGAGGAGCUGACAGCUGCGACAGACAGAAUCAACUCUCUGCGGGAAGAACAGGAACAGCUGAAAAAUCAGAAUGAGUCGAUCUUGCAGUCCAGCCAGAAAAAAGAAGAGGCAGCCCUUCAGGACAGCCAAGUGGAGCUGGAGACGUACAAACAGACUCGACAAGGCCUGGAUGAGAUGUACAAUGUGGUGUGGAAGCAGUACAAAGAGGAAAAGCGCAUUCGCCAGGAGCUGGAGCGUGAGUUGGAGCUGCAGGUGGGGCUGAAGCAGGAGAUGGAAGUUGCCAUGAAGCUGCUGGAGAAGGACACGCAUGAGAAACAGGACACGCUGGCGGCUCUACGGCUCCAGCUGGAUCAGGUCAAGACUCUCAACCUGCAAAUGUUCCACAAAGCUCAGGACUCGCAACGACAAGCAGAGAAAAAACAGGAGGAGGCUGAGCAGCUGGAGCAGAGGAUGAAUGAAAUGGAGAAAACCAUGAUAGAGCUAGAGCAGAGGCUGCAGAACUCGGAGCAGCAGCGGAAACAGAGUGACCAGUCAGACAAAGACAUGAAGGUGGAGCUGGAAGGAAAAGUUGACGCUUUGCAGAAACAACUAACGGACCUCGAUACACUAAGGCUGGGUUUGGAGAACGAGCUGCGCACUGAGAGGGAACAGAGACAAAGCUUGCAAAAAGCCCUCCAGCGGGAGCAAGACAACAGCGUUGAACUUCGCACACAGCUGCAGCAGCUCCAGGGCCUGCACUCGGAGCUGCAGGAUUUGAAGGAGGAGAAGCAGCAGCUGCAGCAGACGUGUGAGCAGCAGGAACAGGCUCUACAGGAGAUGGGACUGCAUCUUAGCCAGUCUAAGCUCAAGAUGGAGGACUUCAAGGAGGUGAACAAGGCCCUGAAGGGCCACGCCUGGUUGAAAGAUGACGAAGCCACCCAAUGCAAGCAGUGCCAGAAGGAGUUUUCUAUCUCGCGCAGGAAGGUAGGGGCUUCUUUUCCCCACUGCAUUUCAUUUAAACUUCUGGUAACAUACAUCGCCACAGAUAUGUCACUGAGCCACGCACGUUUGCUUUCGCAGCACCACUGCAGAAACUGCGGCGACAUCUACUGCAACAGCUGCUCCAGCAACGAGCUGGCCUUGCCCUCCUAUCCUCGGCCCGUUAGAGUGUGCGACAUGUGCCACUCUCUCCUGCUGCAGAGAAGCUCGUCCACAGUUUCCUGACAAAACACCUGCAGGUGCUCCUACAGAAGCUUUCUAACACUGCACCUACUCAUCCACUAUGAUUUUAAAGUACCUACAUUGAAAGGAAGAUGUCAUCAAAUCUUAAGGGAAAAGCGAUUUGGUGUUCCAUUGCUGCAGUUACCUGAAAUUCAGGUACAUUAGUUCAUCUGUACUAAACAAUGGCCACCUUUUUAACACUGAUGGGACGAGCUAAUAUAGUUUGUGUAUUCUAAGGAGACUUUGCUAAGAGACUGAAAAAUAUUUAAUGUUUCCUUGGAAUGAAAUAACAUCAAUUCAACGAUUUGGUAAUCACUUGAUAAACUGGUCUUUUUUUUUUUUUUUUUUAAAAUGUGUAGUUUUUCUAAUUUAAACUGUGGGUGUAGAUUAUGUAAAGGUCCCAUCAAGGUUACUGUUGGUAUUUCAGCUUUGUGUAGCUGGUUCAUAGCAAACACAUGAACACUUUAAUAUUCAAAUUGUCAUGCUUUUUUUUGUUUAUGUUUAGUUUCUUAAACAGCUGACCCCCACUUGCUGGAUACAUGCAAAAUUCUUGUAAAUGACUGUAGAAUGUUGACAGAAAUCUCACUAUUUUAGAAUGUAUUAUAUAACAGGGUUUUGUGAAUCAUGUCAACUGCUACAAAACCAUUUUACUAAUCUGGGAAUGGUGACCAAAAGUGUUUUUUUAUCUGGAUAUUUGAUAAAUUAAUAAACGCCUACCGUUUUUGCAAA